UUCGCUUCCGGGUUUCGGUGCGGGCGAGCGCUGUGUGGUUGCUCCUCCCCUGCCGGCGCAGCGGCGCGGCCCGGGCAGGCACUAUGCGCAGACUCGGUCCUUGGCGCAAGAUGGCGGCGGCGGAUAAACAGAAGCACGAGCACGGGCGGGUGAAGAUCGGCCACUACAUCCUAGGCGACACGCUGGGCGUCGGCACCUUCGGCAAAGUCAAAGUUGGCAAACAUGAGUUAACUGGGCAUAAAGUUGCGGUGAAGAUCCUGAAUCGACAGAAGAUUCGCAGCCUUGAUGUUGUAGGAAAAAUCCGCAGGGAGAUUCAGAACCUCAAACUCUUCAGGCAUCCUCAUAUCAUUAAACUGUACCAGGUCAUCAGUACACCAACUGAUAUUUUCAUGGUGAUGGAAUAUGUUUCAGGAGGAGAACUGUUUGAUUAUAUCUGUAAAAAUGGAAGGCUUGAUGAGAAGGAAAGUAGACGUCUGUUCCAGCAAAUCCUUUCUGGUGUGGAUUACUGCCACAGGCAUAUGGUGGUGCAUAGAGAUCUGAAGCCUGAAAAUGUGCUGCUUGAUGCACACAUGAAUGCCAAGAUAGCUGACUUCGGUCUAUCAAAUAUGAUGUCAGAUGGAGAAUUUUUAAGAACAAGCUGUGGUUCCCCUAACUAUGCUGCACCAGAAGUAAUUUCAGGAAGAUUAUAUGCAGGUCCAGAAGUAGAUAUUUGGAGCAGUGGGGUUAUUCUCUAUGCUUUGUUAUGUGGAACGCUUCCAUUUGAUGAUGAUCACGUGCCAACCCUUUUUAAGAAGAUAUGUGAUGGUAUCUUUUAUACCCCUCAGUACCUGAAUCCAUCGGUAAUUAGUCUUCUGAAGCACAUGCUGCAAGUCGAUCCAAUGAAGAGAGCAACAAUCAGAGACAUUAGGGAACAUGAAUGGUUUAAGCAGGACCUUCCAAAAUACUUGUUUCCUGAAGACCCCUCAUAUAGUUCUACCAUGAUUGAUGAUGAAGCCUUAAAAGAAGUGUGUGAGAAAUUUGAAUGCACUGAAGAGGAAGUGUUAAGUUGUCUGUACAGCCGAAAUCACCAGGACCCUUUAGCAGUUGCUUACCACCUCAUUAUAGAUAAUAGAAGAAUAAUGAAUGAGGCCAAAGACUUCUACUUGGCUACCAGCCCACCAGAUUCUUUUCUUGAUGAUCACCACCUGUCUCGCCCUCAUCCUGAGAGAGUGCCAUUUUUAGUAGCUGAAGCACCCCGUCCCCGCCAUACUCUUGAUGAGCUGAAUCCACAGAAAUCCAAACACCAAGGUGUAAGAAGAGCAAAGUGGCAUUUGGGAAUAAGGAGUCAGAGUCGACCAAAUGAUAUCAUGGCUGAAGUUUGUCGAGCAAUUAAACAACUGGAUUAUGAAUGGAAGGUUGUAAAUCCAUACUAUCUACGUGUUCGAAGGAAGAAUCCAGUAACAAGUGCAUAUUCCAAAAUGAGUCUACAGUUGUAUCAGGUGGAUAGCAGGACGUACUUACUGGAUUUUCGUAGCAUUGAUGAUGAAAUUACUGAAGCGAAGUCUGGGACUGCAACUCCACAGAGAUCAGGUUCUGUGAGCAACUAUAGAUCCUGUCAAAAAGACUCAGAUGCUGAUGUGCAAGGAAAAUCUGCAGAUGCAUCCCUUACCUCGUCAGUGAGCUCUUCGCUUGACUCUUCUACAGCUGACUUAACUCCAAGACCAGGGAGUCAUACAAUAGAAUUUUUUGAGAUGUGUGCAAACCUUAUUAAAAUACUUGCACAAUAAUUUUGAAGAUGGGCUCAUUUCUUUUAUAGCAAUAAGCAUGCCUAAAUCAUAGUCAGAUGCUUCCAAUUAUAAUCAAGUUAAAUUAACUAUGGCGCUGAAAAACUAGCUGCAGAAUGCAGUUUGCACAGGGAUUGAGAUUAUUGGCAGUUAAUGUAUAUUAUUUUGAAGCUGGAGUGAAUUCUGAUUAUCCAUUGUCAAAUAGCAUAAUACAGGUACAGGAAAUCACAUGCCCUUGGGGCAGAGCUUAUAACAUUUUACACUGAGUGCACAUUAGGCUGCAUAUAACGUCUAAGUUAGACAGAGCUUCUUGGUUUUUUCACUGGUAAUGCAUACAUCUGAUGCACUGUAAAUGUACAUUUACUAUUUCAGUGACCUAAGUAUGACUUGUUGGUCCACCAUCUACAGUUGUGACUCAGAACUGUCAAAAUCUUCCAACAGUAAUGUGUUAAAACUGCUGUGUUUCUUCCCCCUUAUUUGACAGUAAAUGAUAGAGAAUCACAUGUUACAAUGUACUACUUCUAACAGCUGAAAAAUUUAUUAAAUGCAUGCAGAUCUAACCAGUCAGAAAAGCAUGUAGGUGCUCUGUAAUGCACCAAGGGUGAAAUCCAGUGGGCUGUGAGUCCAAGUGAGUCCACAACAACUGUUAGAAACUUAAUGCUGAGAAGACUUGGCACCCCAUGAACUGAACAAAAUGUUGCUCUGUGAAGGAGAACUGUCAGCAAGCUCCUGAUGGUGUAGCAGCAUAGCAGGUCCUUGCUGCUAUGGCAAGCUGAGAAUCCUGUUCCUUAGAAAGACAUGGAUGUAAUUAAAAGCAUGGCCUAAGGGCUGUUGUGUGCUAUUUCAGAAUCUGAAAUUGUCAGUUUUUAAAAAAUUAUGUUGACACUUUGAAACAGCUGUUUAGAACUUGUUAGCAUAUACUAUAUAGAAUUCAUUUGCAGUUGAAACUACAUAUAUAGGUUAUUUUUCCCUAUGCCACCCUUUAUAGCAAACUUUGUUUGAAUUAAUUGUGAAAUUAAAUAGUCUUAACUUUUCAGUUGAACAUUGAAAACUGAUCAUGACAACUUGAGUGGUAAUAUUCAAAAAGCUUUCAACAGUAAAUUGCAAUUACCAGUAAUGUAAAUCCUUCUGCAUUUAAUGAUUUUUGCAAUGUUUCAGGGAGAAAAAUGAACCUUAUGUUAAAACCACAGCUAGUACUUGCACAAAAACAUUCUCUUGCAAACUCUUAGGUAAUUAGCUACAGUUCCAUUUUCAUCUAGCACUAAAACAUAAAUGAUAUGUUAUAAAAUGUUUAGUUUUGCACUCAAGAAUUAAGGUUCUCUUCAAAAUAAACUUCAUUACCUACUCUGAAAGGUUGCUCUCCCAGGGAGAGACUGGAAAUCAUGGCAUUACUAUGAACAGUGAAACCUGGACUCUUAAAAUAUAUGGGGAUUCUUGCCAAUGACUGAUACUUCAGCCAUGGAAAACUGCUAGCUACAGAUGUAAAGUUUAAUCCAGGCCAACUGGCUUCAGUCCAGAAGUUCAUGUUAUGAACAUGCAUGGAAGCUGAAGAAACAUAAAGCUGCUUUAAGCCCCAGAACAGCUAUAACUGUGUUCUGAACUGGGCAAUUGUGUGGUCUGUCUAGUAUGUAGGUACAAGUUACAACUUCAGUUCCUUAUCCUCACACACGGUCCCUGUAAUGCGAGGUUGUAUUACUGCAUCUCAAAGUGAAAGAUUUUCCUUGCAUUAAGCUUUGGGUUUAAACUCCUGAGAUUGAGAUGUCACAUGAGGGACCAGCUGCAAAUUCUAGUUUUAAGUCCUGUUUUUAGUCUUGUAAGAAUUGGUUCUGAUGUGCUGAAUAAAUUGGUGUGUUCAUUUUUGUUACCCUUUUAGUUUGAAAUUGUUAAAUAUUGCACUUGCACAAAUGUAACAAACGCACAGGUUUUUUAAAUCUAGUAAUUCCUCAUCUGGAACUGCUUUGGGGUCAUUCUUGCAUAUAUUAAUCUAAGUAUUUUUAAAUGGUAUCUGCUCCUUGUAAUGCUGACCACAAAGGCAAAGUGGUAAGCUGCAAAUAGCUUUUAAUUUUUAUAUACUUUUUUGGCCCUCUUGUGCAUUAAGACAACCACGAUUUUUCCUUUGUCUUGGUAUUUGGAGGUUAAAGUAAGUUUCUGGCAGACUUGUACUGUAUAUGUAGUUUUAAAUAAAGUAAACUUUAUUGGUAUGAUAACAGUUUUGAUGGCCAAAAGUUUUAUGAUUGAACUGAGUUUUUUAUAGGGCAUGGGGGAGGGAGAAAGGGGGACUGACAGCCUAGUUGAACUAAGAACAGAUGUCUGUUGUGUGACUUUCCUAUGCUUUGUAGAUCUUGCUGUUGAAAUUGCUUUCUUCACAUGUUCGUACUGAUCUUGCACACCUUUUUUAGCGUUGUGCUACUAUCUGCCAAUAGGCUGUGAAACAGAACCUCACUAAGAAAGCUGCCAGGGUUGUAAGGAGGCAUUUUAUGCAAAUAACACAUCGGUCAAGUAUGUUACUCUGUUUUCCCAAGCUUCCUCCUGUUGGAGUACAUCGAAUUAUCUUGCCUUUGUAUUGUAAUUUUUUGAAAAACGUAGAUGAACCAAAUUGUCCAUGUGCAAUAUAACUCACAAGGUAAUAGAUAACAAAAUUCAUCUUGGUGGUGCAACAUUUAAAAAAAAUCAUUUGUCUUGAUCUAAGUGUUUAAUACAAACUUGGAAAUAAAUUUUAUUUUACUGGUUGGUUACCAUUGUAAGAUAUGAAGUCCUGUUAACUAAGAUGUGCCUACUUCCUAUGUUAGUUUCUUCUGACAAUGCUGAAUGGCAGAAAUGCUUGUUUAUAACUGUGUAACUUUUUAAACUUUGAAAAAUUAAAACUAAGCAAACGUGGACUACUGAA